UUCAAUUGAUCAUGCAAUCCGGAAAGCCAUUGGUUACGAAGCUCCCAAUCUCAGCUACCGUAUACGAGCUAAAGGCUGAGCUUCAGAGCCUUCUCAAUAUUGAGCCGGAAACAUUGGAGAUUUCUGCAUCUGAUGUAACGUGUGCCGAUUCAGAUCUUUUAAUAGAAGUUGCUGGUCUAGGCAAAAACAAACAAAUUAAGCCGGUUGUGUCUUGCUAUGAAGGCAACAAUUUUGUGGGCUUGAUACUAUUUUCCCUUGGGGGCGAGGAUUUCGCCGAUCCAUUAGUCGAUAAUUCGGUGUCAGACUCAAGUAUCGAAGAUAGUGAAUCUUCCGUCAUUGAGCUAUCCUCGGGAUCUAGUGGCGGAUCCGUCCAGCCAUCCACUAUUGAUUGCAAGCGAGGUAUUAAACGAAAAGCCCAAGGACAUGAAAUAACCAUAGAGACUAAACGGAUCAAAUAUUUCUCGAAUCCAGUGAGGAAGUCUAGAAAACCCUCGUAUGGAGUAUGCAGGAGGCAUCGAUAUGGAGGCUGCGGAAAAAGUCCCGACCACGCUCCGGUUAAACAUGAAAUCGAAAUGGAACCAUGUUAUAAAUCAGGGCCCCCGUACUUAACAUUCUCCCAGAGAACAGCCGUUGUCGUGUUAUAUCUUCCUCAGAAUACACUGAGUACAAUGGGCGGCUGUACAUUGCAGCGGCCAAUGAGAAUACAGGACUGGGUGGCGGGCAACGUAUGCUCCAUGGAGACAUUUCAGGCCACCAGUCUCAUAGACUUCCUACACCUGACACCGGCCAGAUUACAUGGCCAAAGGUCGAGAAGUGUUCCAAGCAAUUUCGAGCUUCUGGAACAGCAGAAUGCUGAUAUUACGACGGAGAAUGGGCCGUGGUGA